CUUCCGAUCAAGAUGAGUCCAAGUCAGUAGAAGCAACACGCAUGUCGAACCGUUGCUGUUAAUACUACGCUAAUCCCUAGCCCCUCCAACGGGAGAUUGACGAAACAACGCGUUCCGUCAUCACCAUUUCAACUCCACACCCCUCUCACCAGCCAAAUCCCUCUCCCUCUGCUCGACGACACAACACCACAAUGCCAACCCGCCCACGCCCGCGCCACCGCCCCCUAACCCCCGCAACACUCGCCGGCGUCCUCUCUCUCAUCUUCCCAACCGUCACCCUCGCUCGCCUCUACACCAUCCACCCCAUGCUGAAGUCUUCCCUCCUGCCCGUCGCAUACACAUGCUUCAUCAGUGGCGUGACGUUCCUUACGUACGGGUACGAUAAGAUGCAGGCACGAAACUUGGAGUGGCGGGUCAGCGAGCUGACGUUGCAUUUCCUGGGGCUUCUCGGCGGCUGGCCUGGUGCGCUGGUGGGGAUGCACUUCUUCCAACACAAGACAAGAAAGACGUCAUUUCUGAUACUGUUCUGGGGCAUUGUGCUGGGAUGGCAGGGAAUGUUGUGGACAUUCUUGUACGGCGAUCAAAGUAAGGUUACGUGGUAGGUAGGUUAUGCUAUGAAUAAGCAAGAGGGUUUCCACCAACGCCGCACUGCAUCAGUCGUUACUCAUUGUAGACCAAGCCAUCACUGCGUCUCCUCCAGUUUUCGCUCCACCUUCUC